CAUCUCUGACGUCACGGGCAGGUCCAGCACAGGCAGAGCAGCAGAAGCGCAGCAGCAGAAGCUGGAAGACUGCAGCCAUCCAGCUCCUCCACGAGCAGGCGAAUAGCUCCUCAUUGGUGGAACAGCCCAACUGUACAAUGCCCUUAGAGGAUGGAAAUGGAUGGAAAAAGAAGACAACCGAUAUCAGAGAAAGAUAUGACUUCAAGGAGGUCUUGGGGACGGGGGCGUUCUCAGAGGUGGUGCUGGCUGAAGAGAAGGGCACCCAGCGGCUGGUGGCUGUCAAAUGCAUCCCUAAGAAGGCCCUGGAGGGCAAGGAGAACAGCAUUGAGAACGAGAUCGCCGUUUUGCACAGAAUAAAGCAUGAGAACAUUGUUUCCCUGGAGGAUAUUUUCGAGAGUCAGUCACAUCUGUACCUGGUCAUGCAGCUGGUAUCGGGUGGAGAGCUGUUUGACAGAAUUGUGGAGAAGGGUUUCUACACAGAGAGAGAUGCCAGCAAGCUUAUUCAUCAGAUUUUGGAUGCAGUGAAGUAUCUACAUGACAUGGGCAUCGUUCAUAGAGAUCUGAAGCCGGAGAACCUGCUGUACUACAGCAUGGACGAAGACUCCAACAUCAUGAUCAGCGAUUUCGGACUGUCGAAAAUCGAGGACUCGGGGACCGUGAUGUCCACAGCCUGCGGAACGCCGGGAUAUGUGGCCCCUGAGGUCCUGGCGCAGAAACCUUACAGCAAAGCCGUGGACUGCUGGUCCAUAGGAGUCAUUUCUUACAUUUUGCUAUGUGGCUAUCCUCCAUUUUAUGAUGAAAAUGAUGCCAAGCUGUUUGAACAGAUUCUGAAGGCGGAGUACGAGUUCGACUCUCCGUACUGGGACGACAUUUCAGAUUCAGCUAAAGACUUCAUAUGCCACCUCAUGGAGAAAGAUCCCACGCUGAGAUACACGUGCGAACAGGCCUUACUGCACCCAUGGAUUUCAGGAGAUACUGCUCUCGAUAAGAACAUCCACGAGUCUGUCAGCGCUCAGAUGAAGAAGAACUUCGCCAAAAGCAAGUGGAAGCAAGCCUUCAAUGCCACUGCGGUGGUCAGACACAUGAGGAGACUGCAGCUGGGUACCAGCCUGGAGGGCUCGAGCCAGAUCACGUCCACCAGCCCCUGCCACAGACACCUGCUCCUGCCCGCCAAAGAGCAGCAGCAAGAGGAGGAGGAGGAGCUAGAGGAGGAGAACGGUUCUCCUGCUGGUGACGGUCGGCGGGGGAGCGCUGAUCGGGACAGUCUGAGAAGCUGUGCGUACUGCUGUCGACCGGCCAGCAGAGUCUGAGGAAGCCCUGGUGGUGUGCAGAGCCCAGAGGAACCCAGCAGAUUUCAUCACAUACAAACACUCCUACCACCACCAGUCUGGCCCUGAUCACAGAACUGUCCCUUCAAAGUCCAACAGAGGGAGCUAGAGCAAGAGGAAAGAAAUGUGGAACGAGAAGAAGGAGAAGGGAUGGUCGGGGAGGGCUUUGAAGAUUUCACCCCUCAUACUCUUAUAUACUGUAACUCCCAAUUUGUUUUUUUUUGUCUGUUUUGCUAUGCGUUGUUUCCCAACCAAAGAAAACCAUGUUUUCAGGUUGUUUUCAGCUGUGAGAUUUGUUUGAAAAAAAAAAAAAUUGGUUCCUGACCUCUGACGAGAGUUCACUUUGUGUGAGAAAUCAAACAGGUCAGGGUUUGUAAGCUUAGAUAUCAUUGACAAAAAGAGCAUUUCUGAAACUCAAGGUGAUCAUACUCCCCUGUGAUCUAUGUUAAGCUUGAUUUUGAAGUCCCCUUGCCUUAAUCCAUGGUGUAUUUACUUGAUGUAUGGUCUAUGCAGUGUCCGUAUCCCUGACUCUGUGUUCUGCGUCAGACUGGUUUAAUAACAUCGGCUGGUUUUCGCACAGCUUUGAGCUGGAGCUUCCUCAUGUGUGAUGGGGACUGUGGUUUCAGGUCUUUGGAAGUGAAAGGAGAGAGACAGAUUGAGUGUCCCGUCGGAGGCUCAAACUGAGAUUCCUGGACUUUACCUUCACUCAGCAUCAGCAUAUCUGGAAAUGAUGGAGCUUUUUGAUGGCUAAAUAGAAAAUCUAGCAAAUUUCAUGUGGUCAUUUAACCCAGAUGUUUUGAAAAACUUAACCUCAGGGACCUCUAAGGUCUAGAAUUUCACUUCAGUAAACUUGUGACAGUCUGAUUUAAGGAAUUGAGCAAAGUGGACUGUCUGGAGAUUGAUUCCUGACGACUGGAGGAAGACUAAAUCAGCCAAGCUCUUCCAGUUGAGACAGUCUCCCAGACAGGGACCAAGCCUAGUCCUGGACUACACAGUAUUUUGAAUGGAGAUUUUCUAUUGAAAAGGAAAUAUAGCCUAUGUCUAGACCUUUACCCCUUUGGGAGUCUUGGUUUCCUUGGAUGCCACAUAAGAGUAGAGCAAAAAAAAUAUAUAGACUGUAUUUUAGCCCCAGAUGUUCAGAUUGAGACAUCCAAGCAUGAAGAAUAUUUAAAAAGUUGAAUAAUCUUUAAAUACUAUAAGAACUGUCCAAAAAGUCCAAGCCAAUAAGCAUUUAAAAAGAUGUAUUAGUGCAUUAUUCUCUAUUUUAAGCAAAUUAAAAAAUACAAAACAGUAGAUCAUCAGCUUCUGUGAACACUUCAAAAAUAAAAUAUCAAUAAAAAAAAUAAAAACCCUCCAGUCUAAAUGAUGAAGAAUAGAGUACAAAAGAUAUGCUGAAUGGAAGCUUGCCUGGAUUCAAGGUGUUUGGGCAGGGAUCUCAGCUUUGGGCUGUUGGUUGUAAUCUGUAUUGUGCUCCUCUGAGAAGACGUCUAAUGUUUGCAUGACCUCGUAAAUGUUUACAUAAGCGAUGAUAAACAUAUGAGAUAUAAAUAUUAUUAUUACCACUAUGCUAAUAUAAAAAAGACUGACUGAAACUUUUACUGUAUAUGAUGUUGGAGACACAAAGUAUUUUGGCACUAAUAGGGGGGGCCACACUUUUAAAUACUGCGUGAAAUGCACUUGAUAGAUAUCUCUCAUUUUUUCCCCCUUCAUAUUAUAUGGAAUAUUGUUUGUACACAAAUAUUGUCUGGAGCUGAUAAAGAAUUUCAUCUCUGUAAUUUAAAACUGACAAAAUAAUACAGAAUACCUUAUUUUUUUGUUUUUAUUUUUAUUAUUUUAAAGCAAAUGUGACCUUCCACAAAUAACAAUAAUGAUAAUAAUUCACAAUAAUAAAUUACAGUAUUAAUUGUCCUGUUCCUGCUACACAAUUACCUGUAGGCCAGUGUAGUCUAAUGGGCAGCGGAGGACUCUUGUCUUGUCGAAACAAGUAGGCUACUGAGAUUAACUGGAGCAGCGACUGUCAUUCUACAUUAAAAUCAAGCUAAUUUAUAAAUGAGUUAUGCUUAGCACUGGCAAGCACAGUAUUAUGCCAAACAAACAGGAACACACUACUUAAUGCAUUAACUUUAAUGGCUCAGACGUUAUAAAAGUGUGUACGCUAGAACUAUUACCCAAUAACAAGCCUUUCAUUCUACCUGAUUUGAUUUUUAUCCCCCUUUGAGUAAAUACUCAUUUUCUUUCCGUUUUACAGUUUUUCUCAAUUGGUUUGG